GCCGGGCUGUGGCGGAAGUUGAUGUUUUCUAGAAGUAGCGGCGCUUAGAGAAGUGGGGUCGGCAAAGAUGAUUCAGGCGAUUUUGGUUUUCAACAACCACGGGAAACCGCGGCUGGUCCGCUUCUACCAGCGUUUCCCAGAAGAAAUUCAACAGCAGAUCGUUCGGGAGACCUUCCAUCUAGUUCUCAAACGGGAUGACAAUAUCUGUAACUUCUUGGAGGGCGGAAGUUUGAUUGGUGGCUCUGACUACAAACUGAUUUAUCGGCACUAUGCUACCCUCUACUUUGUAUUUUGUGUGGAUUCAUCAGAGAGUGAACUGGGGAUCUUGGACCUCAUCCAGGUUUUUGUGGAGACCCUGGAUAAAUGUUUCGAAAAUGUUUGUGAAUUGGAUUUGAUCUUCCAUAUGGAUAAGGUCCACUACAUCCUACAGGAAGUGGUGAUGGGGGGGAUGGUGCUGGAGACGAACAUGAAUGAAAUCGUGGCUCAGAUUGAAGCUCAGAACAGGCUGGAGAAGUCGGAGGGCGGCCUCUCAGCAGCCCCUGCCCGGGCCGUGUCUGCCGUGAAAAACAUCAACCUGCCGGAGAUUCCUCGGAACAUCAACAUUGGAGAUCUCAACAUCAAAGUCCCCAAUCUGUCCCAGUUUGUCUGAGGGCUGAAGCUGGGCUGAACUGGAGUCCUGGAAAAAGGCCAAGCCAGUCCCACAACAGAACCCACUCUGAGCCGCAGGGGAGAAGCCUCGGGCCGGACCUGCGCUGUCCUGGAGCGGGGAGGGGAGUCCUGUCACUGCCGGCGAGUGCCCCAUUCUCACGUGUGCAGCCCUGCCUGCCUCUGCCUGCAGAUGUGAGGGGGCCUGGCUCCCCAAGGGGGUGUCAGUGCGCCCAAGCAGCUCCCCCGCUCUCCCGCCCGCAUGCCGUCACUCCUGGGAUUGGGGGCCGAAUGGAGAGGCCCACCUGCUUCCUAGGACCCCCACUAAGACCUUGUACAGCUAGAGCCUUCUGCCUUCGCACCACGAGGUGUCUCGAGUCCUGUCGCAUUUCUUUUUCUGGGGAGGCGCCUUAGCUGGGAAAGGCUUGAGCCUUCAGACCCAGGAUGCGGUGAGGGGCAGACGAGGUCAGGGCCCUAAGAGAACUAGGGUGGCCUGCUGGGUCGCCACCCCCAGAAUCCCCCCCCGUGUAGCCAGACUUCCUGCUUACCGCCGCAUGCAGGACACGC